AUGACGCUGAGUGAUGGAACUAUGCGAUGGGCGUGUGCACUAGAUGAUGGACGUCAGCACUACACAGUGGGCAAGGACUAUGUGGUAGGCUGUGUGCUAUGCAAUAGGCAUAGGCGUUAUGCAAUGGUUGCGUUGGUCUUGAAUAAGAGACUAAGGUUAUUGGCAAACAAGGACAUACAUGCAUUGGUCAUAGGGGAUGCGUUAGCAAGCCUAGGCGAUGUGGCAUCCGCUGUGUAUGAGUUGCAUGUUGGUAUCAGAAAUAUUUCUGCUAGAGUUAAGGCAGCGAGUCAUCAAGGAUUUUUCGAAGUUGGCAUUGCCUCUAUCGACAUUAUGCAGAAGGAUGUUCCCUUUGAGUUUGACAAAAAGUGUCAAGAAGCUUUCGACACCUUAAAGGAGAAGCUAACCACUACCCCAAUUUUGCAACCUACAAGGUGGGAUGUGCCAUUCGAGAUCAUGUGUGAUGCUAGCAAUCUAGAUGUGGGAGCAGUGCUAGGACAAAGGGUUGAAAAGAAGAGCCACGUCAUAUGCUUUGCAUCAAGAAUCCUAAACCCAAAUGAAAUUAAUUACAUCACAUCUGAAAAAGAAUUUUUGGCCAUUGUUUUUGCUUUAGAUAAAUUCCAUUCUUACAUCAUUGGAUUUCCUAUCACUAUCUAUACUGACCACGCUGCUCUCAGUAUGGAUUUCAUGGGCCCUUUUUCUUCUUCAUUUGGCUACUUAUACAUUCUUUUAGCGGUGGACUAUGUUUGGAAGUGGGUCGAGGCAAUCCCCACAAUGACUAAGAAUGUUGUGACCAUCGAGGCACUCAUGAGGAAAUAUGGAGUACACCAUCAUAUUGUCACUCUAUAUCACCCUCAGCAAACGGACAAGCUGAAAUAUCAAAUUGAGAGGCCAAAGCCAUGCUGUGGAAAUCAGAAGUCUGGAAACUGGGAAGGAAUUCAAAGUGAUCGGGCACUGCUUAAAGAUGUUCAAUGA